CAAGCUGGUUUCAUUGUGAGGUCACCGCGAAACAAACUGACGGAUAGCCUAGUGCAGGUCUGUAUCAGGGUGCAUCGCGACAUGGAGCAGCGUUCAGACGCCGAUGUGGACUGGAAACAGAAAUAUAAACAGUCGGAGGAGACGCUGAAGUUGCUGACGUCGUACUGUCACAGAGUUGUGGACAAAUAUGAGGAAGUUCUGAAAAAACAAAAAGAAAACGAAGCCAAGUUCCAAGCUCUGGUCCAGCAGGUUAAGGACAAAGAUGUGCAGCUCGACAGUGUCAAGGAAUUAUGGCAGCCAGCCUACCAGGAGUACGAGGUCAUCAAGCAGAAGUACGAGCUGGAGCUGGAAUGCCGCUUUGAGGCCGAGCAUUAUGCCACAAAGGUGACAAAGCAGAAUCGCAAUCUGAAGCGGAUGAGCCAGGCGAUUCUGGACAGGGUCGAUAAGGACAUUGUAGAUGGGGAGCUGGAGGUCAGUGACCUUGACCUCAACAAGGACAGCCUCGCAGAGGAACACCUCAACAGCCUCAAUGACAAGAUUACAGAGCUCCAGGAAGAGCGGUGUCAGUUGUCGGCACAGUUCAAGCAGACAUGGGAAGACCUGCACACGGAGAGGGAGAGUCACAAGAACACACAAGAUAAGUACGAUAAUGUGAGGGUGGAACUGAAGCAGACGAAGGAAGCACUGGCCCAGCACAAAGAUGCAUUCAAACAACUCACACAAGCUUCUGAGCAGGCAUUUCAGGAAUAUGAGUCCCUGAGAAAAGAGUACGAGGCAGCCAUCUUGUGUCAGAACUCGGCUGAAACGUUUGCAACAGAGCUUUACGCCAACAACGCCGCCAUGAAGAGGGAAAGCAGCAUCCUGCUGUCGAAGGUGGCCAACAACCCACAGCUGAUGAAGGCUCUGCAUGAGGUGGAAGAACUCACCGAGGAGCUCGAGAAGCUGAGGGCGGAACAUAGGAAACAGGUGAAGGAUCUUGAGGAAAGGAUCUCUGAACUCAGCAACAAGGAUGAGAUGAUAGCCCUGGAGACUGACAACCAGUCCCUUCUGGAGGAGAGAGACUCCCUGAGUUCUAGAAUGCAUGAGGUCAAUCAGAAGUACACCCAGAUGGAGGGGCAGUAUGCAGACUUGCAGGCACACUACAAGACACUGGAGGAGAAGUACAAGGAUGCCACAAAGCCGCCACCUGCCCCUCCCCCACCCCCACCACCGCCAGUUGUCAAGAAAACAUUCUUCAGACGGAAGACCAAGUUAAAGGCAGAUGUUAAUAAGAAAUUGGCAGGGGGUGGAGUAUCCACAAACGAUGGCUACAGCAAGGCUCUCGACGAAAUGAUGAAGAGAAUCAAAGAUGGCCGAUCUCUCAACAAAGUCUUGAAACCUGUGAGAAAGGAUUCAGUGCCCGGACCCAACAGCGCCAUGCACCAGCUGCACGAUGUGUUGAACAAGAUGAAACGAACCCGCAGUGAGGGGGAUUUAACGGCAACGGUGCCAGGCAUAGAUGAGAACUCAGAGCUGGCAAAGGCCUUCAGGCGGGUCCGGAAAACAGACACGGAGAAUGACGAUGUAUUUGCCCCGGUACACCAGUCUAAAUCAUUGCCUACUGUGGAAGAAGAAAAAGGAGAAUCAAAGUUGUAGCAGAGAAGGAAGGGGCAACAGAAACCCCCACGAUGGUCACAGCUGAACACAACACCCAUGGAGGUCAAGGGUGAAGGUCAUAUGAGACCUCUUAACCCCUCCUUUGACUACCAUGGAGCUGAAAGAACAAAGUAUGCUUCUCUAUCUUCAGGAGCAGCACCAUGUGGGAAUUGUGGUACAGCCUGAUCCAGUAUGGAGAAACAUACACACCAGGCCUUGCAGAUUACUUACCGACUAUGUGAACUAUCAUAUCUCAUAUCUGAUGUUGAGGCUAUUCAUUUGUUAUGUAUUAGUUUACAGAUUUAACCAACUAGGACAAAAAGCCACAUCUAGAAAUAAUAACGAAAAUAGUCUUAUGGUUUUAAAUUCUAUUAUUAUUUUUAAAUUUAAUUGUUUUUUUAUUUACAGACACAAUCAGAAAUGAAAAUGAGUCCAUAUUUAUUUUUUUGUCAAAUGGCUCCAUCCAAAACAAUUAAAUUUCCUGCCAAAUUAUUAAAAAACUAUUGAGCUGAAUUUUUGUGUGUAAUUUUAGUUAUAUUUAGACUAACCCAAGCUAAAUCCAUAAAAUAUUUCAUAAAAAUGAGUUGCCUAAGGUACAGAGCUGUUUUGCUGAUCAAGGCCCUUAAUCACUGACUGGUAUUGACAUAGUACUGGGCCCACUUGCGAUCUUAGUGCUACGACUAUUGUACGCCUAUGUUAAAGUAUGGUAGUUACGAUCAUCUUAGCGCUAAGAUCCCUUUGUGCAAGUGGGCCCAAAGGUCUGUCUGGCCUGUUGCAAAGAUGUUUCAUACUCAACAGAAACAGAAUUUAAGACAAAAUUGUUAUGGAUGAGCAACUUCUUUAUUACAAUUGGGCGACGUUUCGGUGUAGAUUCUAACACCGUUAUCAAGCAAAUGAUCAGUUCAAAUGUUUAUCCCACAAAAGCGAGAGAAAGCGAUUGAUAACUGUUGUUCGUAAUACCUUGAGUUACCGUUUCUGAGGUUGCAUGAUUAGGAAACACAUUCCGACUGUCACUUUCAUGAUCUGGUAAGCAACACUUUGAUUGGUCGGAUGAAAGGUCGUUGACCUGAACUGUAAUGGGAUAUCCAUUUAGCUAUAGCGAGAACUAAAAUCUGAUUUUAAUGAGAUUGCAGUAUUGUUGGGACACAAGCUGAUGCAGAUGCAUGUUAUUGUUGAUGAUGUAAACUUUUGAUAGGCAUUUUUUGUACAAUAUUAGAGUUCUUACAAGUUUUGUUUUUGUAUUCUUCUAAUGAAAUAGUUCACAUAUAUUCUAAACAUUAUAUUUGUUUCUACAUAAAAAUGCCAAGCAUUAAUUCCCUACCAAGAGUUCUGUAUAUCCACAUUCAGGGAAGCAGCUGGGGGGAAUUAAAAUGUAAGCAAACAGGUUACAGUACAUUUUUUUUCUUAAAAACGUUGGACUCUUAUCAAACAGAGAAUCAUAGUGAUCAAACCCAGAUAUCUUCAAACACUAAUGCAACGAGCCAACACAACGCUAUAGAAUCAUAGUGAUCAAAUCCAGAUAUCCUCAAACACUAAUGCAACGAGCCAACACAAUACUAUAGAAUCAAAGUGAUCAAACCGUGAUAUCCUCAAACACUAAUGCAACGAGCCAACACAACACAAUAGAAUCAUAGUGAUCAAACCCAGAUAUCCUCAAACACUAAUGCAAUGAGCCAACACAAUGCUAUAGAAUCAUAGUGAUCAAAUCCAGAUAUCCUCAAACACUAAUGCAACAAGCCAACAUGACGCUAUAGAAUCAUAGUGAUCAAACCCAGAUAUCCUCAAACACUAAUGCAACGAGCCAACACAACGCUAUAGAAUCAUAGUGAUCAAAUCCAGAUAUCCUCAAAUACUAAUGCAACGAGCCAACAGAACACGAUAGAAUCAUAGUGAUCAAAGCCAGAUAUUCUCAAACACUAAUGCAACGAGCCAACACAACGCUAUAGAAUCAUAGUGAUCAAAUCCAGAUAUCCUCAAACACUAAUGCAACAAGCCAACACAACGCUAUAGAAUCAUAGUGAUCAAACCCAGAUAUCUUCAAACACUAAUGCAACGAGCCAACACAACGCUAUGAUAGAAUCAUAGUGAUCAAACCCAGAUAUCCUCAAACACUAAUGCAACGAGCCAACACAACGCUAUAGAAUCAUAGUGAUCAAAUCCAGAUAUCCUCAAACACAAAUGCAACAAGCCAACACAACGCUAUAGAAUCAUAGUGAUCAAAUCCAGAUAUCCUCAAACACUAAUGCAAUGAGCCAACACAACACUAUAGAAUCAUAGUGAUCAAACCCAGAUAUCCUCAAACACUAAUGCAAUGAGCCAACAAAACACUAUAGAAUCAUAGUGAUCAAACCCAGAUAUCCUCAAACACUAAUGCAACAAACCAACACAACGCUAUAGAAUCAUAGUGAUCAAAUCCAGAUAUCCUCAAACACUAAUGCAACGAGCCAACACAACGCUAUAGAAUCAUAGUGAUCAAACCCAGAUAUCCUCAAACACUAAUGCAACGAGCCAACACAACACCAUAGAACCGACUCAUCACAAUGGUAGCCGGUCAACCUGUAAAUUGACCAAAGAUCAUGUAACUAUGGCAAGCAAAAAAACAAUAGUACCUUUUUUAUUUUAUUUUUGUAUCGAUUUCAAAGUGUAAGCCCUUUGUGCUGAAUAGUAGCUAUGCCACUGACAUUCUGCCAUCGACAUUCUGCCACCGACAUUCUGUCAUCAACAUUCUGCCACCGACAUUCUGCCAUCAGCACUCUGCCACCGACAUUCUGCCAUCAACAUUCUGCCACUAACAUUCUGCCACCGACAUUCUGCCACCGACAUUCCUCCCAGAGUUAGCAAUACUGUUCCAAGAAGCUUGAAGCCUGACUCUCUUACUGCUGUAGAAACAUCUUCACAUAAAAUUCUGUCAAUCUCUACAGUUGUCAGUAUUACAUUAUAUUGGGGUUCUCUAUCCAGAGGAAUCUAUUCUACUCCACUUCUGAUAGGGAUAUUUUUAUCUCUCCAUGAUACACAAAACAGAUCCUCAUGUCAAGUGUAUAUAUAAAUAGAAUGUCUUAUUAUCCUUAUCACAGUGGAGUAGUCUAGUUAUUAUCAAUAAUAUGCACGAUAUACUCUUCUUCUUAAUAUCUAUUUUCUUCUCAAUCUACAGGGUAAAAAAGUUUUUUUAUUUUACAUCAAGUGAAAAAACCAUAAAACUCUGAUCUUGCACAUAUGUUAUUUUACGCACAGAGAUUUAAUAUUUUCAUGGUUUUUGUUCAUGGAAUAUGUGCGUUUUAACUAAUCGCAAUAGUUUUUAAUAUUGUACAUUAUGUAAAUAUGGUUUUAUACAUACUAUUAGUGUGUUUGACACAAACAUUAGCACUACUAACAUAGGAACUAUGUGUCUCUGUGUCGGGUGUCUCUUUAGCAUACCCACCAGGGUGCCGUUGUACAGGCCGACCAUAGCGCUACGACUGUCAUAAGUCUGUGUUAAGGUAUUGGAGUAACGAUCAUCUUAGCGCUAAGAUCGCUUUGUACAACAGCACCCAGGGCCCUAUUUCACAGAGUGAUCUUCUCACCAUGACUAUCGUAUGUCUUGAGAGUUACGACAGUCGUAGUGCUAACAUCCUUGUGAAACAGGUUCUCGGUGGGUAGUAGUAGCAGCACAGUUUACCAUCUCAAUCAAUGUUUAAUCAGGAUAGGUGGUCCCAUAGAAGGAUGUGUCGUGACGUUUCUAAUCAGCCAAUCAGCAUCGAGGCUUCCAAGGAGCAAAACUUUCAGACCAGCCUAUCCGAUUUCUGUUUCUCACAAAUGUAAUUAAAUCGGCCUGUUGCGAAUGUAAAAGAUAAAGGUUGCACCAUUAUAUUGUUGUGGUUAUUAAUACACCCUGUAAUUUAAGCAUCAUGGAGUACGGUUGAAGGAAUAUUUGUGUUCUUUGUGUAUUCUAUUUUUUUUAAUUAGAAAUUUUGAAUCGUGGUCAUAAAGAAAUUAAGCUGAAUUUGUUUCAAGAACUGAUAUCUAAUUGCCUCAAGAAUCCACUCAUCCUUUGUUUAGAUUGGGAGGUCAAAUUUCACUCAAAGUUCACCUGAUGCUAUACAGAUGUCAUCAGAACCUCUUACUAAGAGGGGUGACAUCAGAGUGAAAGGGCUGAUAUCAACAAGAUUGUGUCUGAAAGGCAUUACAGUUUACUGUUACUGUCAAUAUUCAAUCUGUGUCUCAUUUCUUUUAUGUAUUGUCAUUAGGAUAACUUCAUCAGUCUUACUCAGGAGUCCUAAAUGCAAUACAUGUAUGUUGAGCCAUCCAACAAAUGAGAAUUAUAGUUAUUCUUCUUGGGUUACAGAUCUGCUUAUAGAUAAAGAAAAUACAGAUGAACUCAGCUUUUGUAUAUUCUGCAGACUUAAACAAUUCUUAGAUUGUUAUGUCCCUGUGAAUCUUUCACAACUUUUGUGAACAGGUUACAAGACCAACAAGAAAGAAAAGGGGUGGUGUGUCUACAGGAACAUGUUGGCAUUAUGUCUCAUUCAGUGAAUGAAUUAUAACACUGAACUUGUUAACUAGUUCUUUUAUUUUUAGAUUUAUUUUUGC